GCUACGCUAGAGCUACGCCGCUCAUUCAGCUCCUGCUCUCCGCGGAGGCACCACGGCGACUCCCCACCACAACAAACCCGUGAACGAGCCGUUAAACCCCUACCGUCAGAUCCCCUGCUUACACGCACGGAUUUGAAUGUUUGAAUGCGGAACUUUGCGGUCGUACAAGCCGCUCUGGGAGCCUCCGUUUUUCGUUAAUCUCCGAAAAGAUCGCGGAAUCGCCCGUCGGAUGAGAACAUUGUGUUCGGUUCAGGCCGUACCACCGUCGCCUUUUGCAGCUACUGUCUUUCCCCCACUAGCAUAAGUGCUUACAAAUCCGAGCAACACGGAUCGCCACCAUGAGGAAGAAAGCUCGGUACCACCGGGUCCCCGUACCCCAGCGGCCGCCGUCUCCCAUCAUGCCCUCGCCCAACAAGCAGAUCCUCACCUACGCCCAGGCACAGCGAAUGGUGGAGAUGGAGAUUGACGGGCGGGUGCACCGCAUAAGCAUCUACGACAAGAUGGGCGUGCUUUCGGACGACGACCCCACGGCCCAGGAGAUGCUGGAGUGCACGAGCAACAAGGAGAACGCGGACAAGCCCCCGCCGCAGGCCCCGCUGCGCUCGGUCCGUCUCAAGAACAGCCAAGAGAAGAAGAACGCCGCUCUGGGCGUCACCGCCACGGCGGCGGCGGCGGCGGUGGCCUCCCAUGGGGACAAGCCCGGGAACCACGGCCCCCACAGCGGGGCCUGCCCCAAGAAGCUCCCGGAGCCCAAGUUCCGCACGGUGGAGUACAACCUGCCGGCGGUGCCCCGGCGCCCCUCCGCCUUCUACGCCUUCGAGGAGAAGACGGAGGAGGAGCUGGACGAGGAGACCGAGUACGACAUGGACGAGGAGGACUACGCCUGGCUGGACCUGGUCAACGACAGGCGCCGCGGCGAGGGCGCCAGCUGCGUCUCCUACAACGUGUUCGAGUUCCUGGUGGACCGCUUCGAGAAGGAGGCGCACCAGGAGAGCCAGGGCCAGGAGCAGGCGCCCGUCGACGAGGACGCCGUGUGCUGCGUGUGCGCCGACGGCGAGUGCCACAACGGCAACGCCAUCCUCUUCUGCGACGCCUGCAACCUGGCGGUGCACCAGGAGUGCUACGGCGUGCCCUACAUCCCCGAGGGCCAGUGGCUGUGCCGCCACUGCCUGCUGGCGCCUGGCACGCCGGCGGCCUGCGUGCUCUGCCCCAACACGGGCGGCGCCGUCAAGCGCACGGACGACGAGCGCUGGGGCCACGUGGCGUGCGCCCUCUGGGUGCCCGAGGUGGGCUUCUCCAACACCACCUUCAUCGAGCCCAUCGACGGCGUGCGCCACAUCCCGGCGGCCCGCUGGAAGCUGACGUGCCACCUCUGCAAGCGCAAGGGCGCCGGGGCGUGCAUCCAGUGCCACCGCGCCAACUGCUACGCCGCCUUCCACGUCAGCUGCGCCCAGAAGGCGGGGCUCUUCAUGAAGAUGGAGCCGGUGAAGGAGGUGACGGAGAGCGGCGAGCCGGCCUUCUCGGUGAAGAAGGUGGCGUACUGCGGCGCGCACACGCCCAGCGGCGGCGCCCGGAAGCCCCUGACGGUGUACGACGCGGUCACGGCGCCCCGGAACGGACUGUGUAAGAAGGAGGAGCAGGGGGCUAGACGGAGCCGGCGGUCGAAAGGGAAGCGGCCGCAGCCGCAGCAGCAGCAGCAGCAGCAGCAGAGGAAGAGCAAGAAGAGUAAAAAGCCGGACGUGAAGGUGGAGGAGGUGGAGGGGGAGGUCGCCACUCCUGCCAACGCGCCUAGUUUCCCUCUCCAAAGGCUACAGAGCAUCCUGAACCAGGUGUCCAUCCAGAAGAAGAAGGCGUUUGUGCAGCUGGUGCUGAACUACUGGACCCUAAAGAGGCAGGCGAGGAACGGGUUGCCUCUCAUCCGCCGGCUGAAGACCAGCACUCAGUCCCCGAAGACGGUUCAGCAGGGCCACCAGAAGCAGUGCGAGGAGGAGAGCCGGGCCCUCAAGGAGCAGCUGAAGGAGUGGCAUCGCCUGCGCCACGACCUGGAGCGAGCCAGGCUACUGCUGGAGCUCAUCCGCAAGCGGGAGAAGCUGAAGAGGGAGGAGAUGAAGCUGCAGCAGACUCUGUUUGAGCUGCAGCUGACGCCCUUCAGCCUGCUGCUCGGGGCCCUGCUGGAGCAGCUGCAGGAGAAGGACCAAGCCCGGGUGUUCGCCCAGCCCGUGGACGUCGGCGAGGUCCCGGACUACCUGGACCACAUCAAGCACCCCAUGGACUUCUCCACCAUGGCCCGGCGCGUGGAGGCGCAGGCGUACGGCGGCCUGGACCACUUUCAGGCCGACUUCGACCUCAUGGUGGCCAACUGCCUGCAGUACAACCCCCGGGACUCGUACUUCCACCGCGCCGCGGUACGCAUGCGCGACCAGGGCGGCGUGCUGAUCCGCAAGGCCCGACGCGACGCCGAGCGCAUCGGCUUCGACCCCCUCGCCGGGAUCCACCUGCCGGAGGCGCCCAAGCUGGAGCCGGCGCCACCCUUCUCCUGGGACGAAGUGGAUCGCCUUCUGGUGCCGGCCAACCGGGCUCGCCUGUCCCCCGAGCAGCAGCUGCAGCAGCUGCUGGAGAAGCUGGACCUCACCUGCUCCAUGAAGUCCAGCCCGUCGCGCAGCAAGCGGCUGAAGCUGCUGAAGAAGACCAUCAACGACGUGCGCAGCGAGGCCAGCCUCCACCGGGGGCUCCCCGACCACCACCACCACCCCCACCAUCACCACCACCCCCACCAUCACCAUCACCAACACCACGCCUCCUCGUCCUCGUCCUCUGCUUCGUCCUCCUCGUCUUCGUCGUCGACCUCUUUGUCGUUGACGUCGCCUCAGCCCGAGGCGGGGAAGACUCACCUGAGAGCCGCGCAGACCAACGGCCACUGUCUCCACGACGAUGGGGACAAGUCUCUCCCCCCCAAGCUGGAGCCUCUGGACUCCAGCCCCCCCCCGGUCCACCCGGACGGAGACCCCGGGCCCCCCACCCUCAGAUCCAUCCACGACGGACCCCUCCUCCACCACAAGCUGAAACACAAGGGCGCUCCGGGCCUCCAACCCGAGGACGCGCCCAGCCUUAACCACGACGGCCCCCGUGACCUCAGUCACCUGGAGGCCCCCAGCCUCAAACACAACGCCAACCACCUGCAGGACCCCCCCAGCCUUAAACACACCGCCCCCUGCGGCCUCCACCACGAAGACCCCCCCAGCCUCAAACACAGCUCCAACCACCUCCCCCAGGCGGACCCCCACAACCUCAGACACAAGGUGGACCCCCACAACCUCAGACACAAGGCGGACCACCUCCACCACAAGGACCCCCAUCACCUCCACCCGGCGGACCCCCACAACCUCAGACACAAGGCCCACCACCUCCAACACGAGGACCCCCACCACCUCAAGGCCCACCACCUCUACAAGGUGGAACCCCACAACCUCAGAAACAAGGCCAACCACCUCCACCACGAGGACCCCCCCAUUCUGAAACACAAGGCCAACCACCUCCAUAACGAGGACCCCCCCAUUCUGAAACACAAGGCCAACCCCCUCCCCCACAAGAGCCUCCCCCACGACCAGGCGCCCCGCCUCAACUGCGAGCCCCCCCGUCCCCUCGACGACCGGGUACCCGACAUCAGACGCGGAAAGCCCGACGGCGAGGCUCCUCACCUCAACGGCCACGCGCGGCCCUCGCCCGGCUCCCAGAAUGCCUUGCUGGAGGGCGAGGUCAGCGUGGUGGCGACGUCCACGCUGGCCGAGCCCGUCGGCGCGGUCGGUCGCCGCACCGCCAUCCUCUUCAGGAAGUCCAAGAGGGGAGUGGCUGUGGUGGGCGUGGCAAGGGGAGGGGGAGGAGCCGACGGAGGGAAGGAGGCGGGGCCAGGGGGGAUGGCGGCAGAGGGGGCAGGGCGGGUACCGCGGAUCGGGGAGGAGGAGGUGGUGGAAGGGGAGGAGCUUGGGGCCAAGUCCUUCCUGUCAGUGGUGAUCCCGCGGCUGGAGAACCUGCUGCAAGGGAGGAAGAGGAGGAUGAGGAGGAGCGUCGACGGGCGUCUGAGCGAGGAAGACUCGACGGCGGCCGAUGAGGGAGAGGGGGUGUCGCCGGUCAAACGGCUCGACAGAGGUCUGUCGAACGGUUUCCUGGAGGAGGAGGUGGAGGAGCAGGAGGGGGUACAGAAGGAGCUGGGGAACCCCAGGACUCUGGAACCACGGAGACGCUGGGCGUCCGAGUCGUCCAUCUCCUCUAGUAGCAGCCUGUCUGCCUGCACCAGCGGCACCCUGACCCUCCCCCAGUGUGGGAAGGGCAAGCCGGCGCUGGUGCGGCGCAACACGCUGGACGACAAGAGCCAGAUGAUCGCCUGCAUCGAGACGGGGAACUACGCCCGCGCUGCCCGCAUCGCCGCAGAGGUGGGGAACAGCAGUAUCUGGAUGCCCGCCAGCGCGGCCACGGUAGCGCUGGAGCCCCUGACGCUAGUGUGGGCCAAGUGUAGCGGGUACCCCUCCUACCCCGCCCUGAUCAUAGACCCCCACAUGCCCCGGGUGGCGUGCCAGCACAACGGGGCCUCCAUCCCAGCGCCCCCCCUGGACGUGCUGCGGGUGGGGGAGCAGAUGCAGUACAAGGCGGAGGAGAAGCUCUUCCUGGUCCUCUUCUUCGACAACAAGCGCAGCUGGCAGUGGCUUCCUAGAUCCAAGAUGGUGCCGCUGGGCGUGGACAAGACGGUGGACAAGAUCAAGCUGAUGGAGGGGCGGAGCUCCGGCGUGCGCAAGGCGGUGCAGGUGGCGUUCAGCCGGGCCAUGAGCCACCUGAACAUCACCCAGGACCCGCCCCCCAGCGACCUGAGUGACGUGGACUAACACACACACACACACACACACACAGACACACAGACACACACACACACACAGACACAGACACAGACACACACACACACACACACGUGUUGACCCCCUCGGCACGCACAGCUGGAUCGGCUACCAGGGAAACCGGACUCUGAGGACCGGACUCUAGAAGCGGACCACCAAGACCCCCCCAGAGGUUAUGCAAUCGCCCCGGCGCCCGGUGAUGUCACUGUGUGACGUCAUCAGACAGGGGCGGGGUGUUGGUUUGGUUUCCGGCGUUUGUGUCGGCUCCUUGUUACCCCCCCCCCACCCCCACCCCCCCCAA